AAAGUGCGAUGGGCGGCGGCUGCCGGACGGACUGCGUGGAGCGGCCCCUGUCCCGCGCGCUGCGGGGCCUGGGGGGCUUGGUGGGCGCCCACCCGUGGCCCUUCCUGCUGCUGCCCCUGGCGCUCACGGCCGCGCUGGGGGUGGGCUUCAAGGAGCUGCCCCGCCGCGAGUCCAACGACAUCGAGGCGCAGUUCACGCCCCGCGGGGGGCCGGCCAAGGCCGAGCGGCGCCUGGUGCAGGAGAGCUUCCCCACGCGCGACUCGGAGCACUUCUCCGCGCCCAGGCUGAGCACCGAGGGCGCCUUCGCCUCCUUCGUGGCUGUAGUCGCCGAGCCCAGCCACACGCUCCUCACCCAGACCGCCUUCGCCGAGCUGCUGGCGCUCGACGCGGCCGUGCGAGGGCUCCAGGCGGACGGGCAAGCCUACGAGCAGCUCUGCGCCCGCAGCCAGGGCUCUUGCAGCAGCCCCAACCCGCUGCUCAGCGCCGUCGGCGACAACCCGGCGAUCAUCGAGCGCCUGCUGCCCGGCCUCACCUUCCCGCUCUGGCAGCGGCGCGUCUUUCUGGGCGCCUUUUUGGGGGGCGUCACGGUGGAUCCUGGACAACCGGGAAACCAGAGCCGCCCCCUGCGGGCCGCCAAAGCUCUACGCCUCUACUAUUACUUGCAAGAAGAUGAUCCCGCACAGCGAGAAGCCAGCUUGAAGUGGCUAAAGACCUUCCUGCAACGGAUCCCCGACCUGCUGGGCACCUUGAACUUCACCUCUGUGCGGGUGACGUAUUUUACCUCAAUCUCCAGGCAGGAAGAAUUUGAGAAAAAUGCCAAGGAAGUGAUCCCUUUGUUUUCCAUCACAUAUACUUUAACAAUAUUCUUUUCGAUUAUGUCAUGUUCAAGGUUCGACUGUGUUCGGACAAAAGUGUGGGUUGCAGCAUUUGGAGUGCUGUUGUCAGGCUUGGCCGUGGUCAGCAGUUUUGGGUUAUUGCUCUUCUGUGGGGUGUCGUUCGUCAUCACAGCUGCAAAUGCACCAUUUCUUAUACUAGGGGUUGGUGUUGAUGACAUGUUCAUCCUGGUGUCCUGCUGGCAAAAGACUAAGGUCAAGGAUGCAGUCAAGGAUCGGAUGGCUGACACCUACGCAGAGGCGGCUGUGUCUGUUACCAUCACAACUCUUACUGACGUUUUAGCUUUCUACAUCGGCAUUGCGACAUCCUUCCCAUCAAUUCAGUCAUUUUGCAUCUAUACAGGAACAGCCUUCAUCUUCUGCUACAUUUACAACUUGACAUUCCUCGGGGCAGUUCUUGCUCUGAACGGUAGAAGAGAAGAAAGCAAUAGACAUUGGCUCACGUUCAUGAAAGUGUCAACCGAAACUGACAAUUCUCGUGGUUCUGCAUACAAUAUGUGCUGUGUAGGAGGAUCCUAUGAUGAAACCACUGGGGCAGAGUUUGAGCAUCCUAUGAAUGGAUUCUUCAGAAAGCAUUUUGGUCCUUUUCUUGUGUACCCCUGGACCAAGAUGUUUGUUGUAGUCCUGUAUAUUGGGUAUCUAGGUAGUAGUAUAUAUGGAUGCACUCAGGUUAAAGAAGGUAUAGAUCUUCGAAACCUAGCCAGUGAUCAUUCUUACGUCAUUCAAUAUUAUGACCAGGAAGAUGAGUAUUUUAAAGAAUAUGGUCCAAGGGUUAUGGUCAUUGUUACUCAAAGUAUACCAUAUUGGAAUGCAACUGUUCGUGCAGAUCUUGAGAACUGCAUGCACUUGAUAGAAAACUCUACCUAUGUUGAUAAGUAUUUAUCAGAGUCAUGGUUGAGAAUGUACACAAUGAUUGCUAACAGAAUGUCUCUAAAUAUAGAUGAUCAUAGCUCUUUCAUUGGAAAUUUAACUGUCCUGUUCCAAGUAAGUCCAGAGUCUAGGUGGGACAUUAAUUUGACAGAUAUGAAAAUACCAGCUUCACGGUUUUUCAUACAGACAGUCAAUGUCACUAGUGCAAUUGAUGAGCGAAAUCUUUUAGAACAACUGAGAGGCCUUGCAGCAGACUGUACAUUGCCACUGAUAGUUUAUCAUCCCGCUUUUAUAUACUUUGAUCAGUACCUUGUGAUAGCUCAGAACACCAUUCAAAAUGUUUUGAUUGCUACUGGAGCCAUGUUACUUAUUUCCUUGCUACUGAUUCCCAGUCCUUUGUGCUCAUUGUGGGUGACUUUUGCUAUUGCGUCUGUUAUUGUUGGUGUGACCGGCUUUAUGACCUUUUGGAAUGUCAAUCUUGACUCCAUCUCCAUGAUCAACCUUGUUAUUUGCAUAGGGUUUUCAGUGGACUUUUCAGCUCACAUUUCUUAUGCCUUUGUUAGCAGUGAGAAACCCAGCAUGAAUGACAAGGCGGUGGAUGCUCUAUACCGCCUUGGUUACCCGGUUAUCCAGGGAGCUGUUUCCACCAUUGUGGGAAUAUUGGUGUUGUCCUUGGCACCCACUUAUAUUUUCAGAACAUUUUUUAAGAUUAUGUUCUUAGUUAUUUUGUUUGGAGCUGUUCAUGGUCUCAUAUUUAUUCCUGUCUUUUUAACCUUCUUUGGCUUUUGCCAGAGGUUGCCAAACCAGUACAAUGACAAUUCAUCCGGUGUUGAAAAAGUUAAUAAACUGGAAGGAACCCAUAUGAAAACUUUGAAAGACAAUCCUGGCCACUUGUAA